CGGCGGCCGGGCGCGGGAGGCGGAAGUAGCGCCGGGGCCGCCGGCUUCCCAUCGGGCUCCGCCGCCGCCUCAGCCAUGGACGCGUCCCUGGAGAAGAUAGCAGACCCUACAUUAGCUGAAAUGGGGAAGAAUUUGAAGGAGGCCAUGAAGAUGCUAGAGGACAGUCAGAGAAAACCUGAGGAGGAAAAUGGGAAGAAACUCAUAUCAGGAGAUAUUCCAGGGCCACUCCAAGGCAGUGGGCAAGAUAUGGUGAGCAUCCUUCAGUUAGUCCAGAAUCUGAUGCAUGGCGAUGAUGAGGAGGAGCCCCAGAGCGCCCGAAUCCAGAGCAUUGGAGAACAAGGUCAUAUAGCUUUAUUGGGGCAUAGUCUGGGUGCUUAUAUUUCUACUCUGGACAAAGAGAAGCUGAGAAAACUUACAACUAGGAUACUUUCAGACACUACCUUAUGGCUGUGCAGAAUUUUCAGGUUUCAAAAUGGCUGUGCCUAUUUCCAUGAAGAAGAGCGAGAAGGACUUGCAAAGAUCUGUAGACUUGCCAUUCAUUCUCGUUAUGAAGACUUCGUAGUGGAUGGAUUCAAUGUGUUAUAUAACAAGAAACCUGUUAUAUAUCUCAGUGCUGCCUCUAGACCUGGCCUGGGCCAAUACCUUUGUAAUCAGCUCGGCUUGCCCUUCCCCUGUUUGUGUCGCGUGCCCUGUAACACGAUGUUUGGAUCCCAGCAUCAGAUGGAUGUUGCCCUCCUGGAGAAACUGAUUAAAGAUGAUACAGAACGAGGAAAACUGCCCCUGUUACUUGUUGCAAAUGCUGGAACUGCAGCAGUAGGACACACAGAUAAGAUUGGACGUUUGAAAGAACUCUGUGAGCAGUACGGCAUAUGGCUCCACGUGGAGGGUGUGAAUCUGGCAACAUUGGCUCUAGGUUAUGUCUCCUCGUCAGUGCUGGCCGCAACCAAAUGUGAUAGCAUGACAUUGACUCCUGGUCCGUGGCUGGGCUUGCCAGCUGUUCCUGCAGUUACCCUUUAUAAACACGACGAUCCUGCCUUGACUUUAGUGGCCGGUCUUACAUCAAAUAAGCCAGCAGACAAACUCCGUGCCCUGCCACUGUGGUUGGCUUUACAGUACUUGGGACUCGAUGGGAUUGUGGAGAGAAUAAAGCAUGCCUGUCAGCUGAGUCAGCGGUUGCAAGAAAGUUUGAAGAAAGUGAACCACAUCAAAAUCUUGGUGGAAGAUGAGCUCAGUUCUCCAGUGGUGGUAUUCAGAUUUUUUCAAGAAUUACCAGGCUCAAUGUCAGAUCCAGGGCUUAAAGCUUUCCCAGUGCCCAACAUGGCUCCCUCAGCAGUGGGCCGGGAGAGACACGGCUGCGAUGCACUCAAUCGCUGGCUGGGGGAGCAGCUGAAACAGCUGGUGCCCGCGAGCGGCCUCACCGUCAUGGACCUGGAGGCAGAGGGCGUUUGCCUGCGGUUCAGCCCCUUGAUGACAGCAGCGGUUUUAGGGACUCGGGGAGAGGAUGUGGACCAGCUGGCUGCCUGUAUCCAGAGCAAGCUGCCUGUGCUGACGUGCACGCUGCAGCUGCGAGAGGAAUUCAAGCGGGACGUGAUGGCAACGGCCGGCCUCUUAUAUGUUGAUGAUCCCAACUGGCCUGGCAUAGGGGUUGUCAGGUACGAACAUGCUAAUGAUGAUAAGAACAGUUUGAAAUUAGAUCCAGAAGGGGAAAAAAUCCAUGCUGGACUCCUGAAAAAGUUAAAUGAACUGGAAUCUGAUCUUACAUUCAAAAUGGGCCCUGAGUAUAAAAGCAUGAAGAGCUGUAUUUACAUUGGCAUGGCAAGUGACGACGUAGACGUUUCUGAACUAGUGGAGACUAUUGCAGUUACAGCCCGAGAAAUUGAGGAAAACUCAAGGCUUCUGGAAAAUAUGACCGAAGUCGUUCGGAAAGGAAUUCAGGAAGCUCAGGUUCAGCUGCAGAAGGCAAACGAGGAGCGCCUCCUGGAAGAGGGGGUGUUGCGGCAGAUCCCUGUUGUAGGCUCCGUGUUGAAUUGGUUUUCUCCAGUACAAGCUUCACAAAAGGGAAGAACCUUUAACUUAACGGCAGGCUCUCUGGAGUCCACAGAACACACGUAUAUCUACAAAGCUCAAGGUACAGGCGUGACGCCACCACCGACCCCCUCAGGCACGCGCACUAAGCAGAGGCUUCCAGGCCAGAAGCCCUUUAAAAAGCCCUUACGAGGUUCCGCCGACGCUCUGAGUGAGACCAGCUCAGUCAGCCACAUUGAAGACCUGGAGAAGGAGCACCUGUCUGGGGGGCCGGAGCAAGAUGCCCUGGAAGCCAACGGCUCCGAGCCACACCCAGGGACUCCCACCACGCAGGAAGCAGAGCAGACUGGGGCCCUCCCAAAUGGGGCCCAGCACCCAGAAGAUGACCACCCACAGGUAGAAGAACUGGAGAGCUUAAGAUAAGAUUCAGUGUUGGUUUGAGACUGUACUGAAUACUGUUUCAGGGAAGAUGUGGUUAUACCGAGAAUGUGAACUGUGCCACAUGCUAAUUCGAGAAAUUAGUAUUUGUGCUUAACUGGGAUUUUUGCACAAAGAUAUGCCUGAAAGCCAGGGUGUGCAGGAGGGCAACUGACUUGUCUAAUUUUAUGGGAUGUAGAACCAUCAACAACUAUUGUGACUGUCUACCCAGCUAUAGUAACAUAUUUCCCCCAUGUUUACCAUAAACACUUUUAUUCACAAAGAAUUCACUUAAAAUUUCAAGUGCUUGCCACUUGAAACACCUGCUGUUAUCUUUUUAAAUGUAAGCGUUAAGACAUUAGUUUGCACAUGGUGACUUUUUGGUAAGACAGCUUUCUGCAGAACUCUCCGGGUUCUCUGCUUGCUGCUGCAGGGUGAGGCAGGCAGCCCCCUCGGCUGCCUACCCUAGUUGUUUAAUCAGGUUGCAAUAGAGAACUGGACUGCGUUAGACUUGAAGGAGAAUGGGUUUCGAGGGGACUGUAAAAAAGUGUGAGACACCCUCUCCUACCCUCCCCAGCUGCUGCUUUCCCUGGAGACCUAAGUAAGGACUGUCCACGGGGCGGUGGCAGGACUCUCUAGCCAGCUAGAGCGGGCAGUGCUUCGCCUGUACUUCCCUCUGCCGCAAAUCCACUUCUCCUUUAUAUGCAGUUUAUAAACAGAUUAAAGGACUCGCCUAUUAAGAGUGAAUGUAAAGACUCUUCUUGACCAUAUAUAUUUUUAAAUACUGGGAAAGCUUUUAAAUUGGCACAUGAGUACAGGCUGUGCACAUUUCUACGUCUGCUAUCAGAAACCCGAUAGCUGCAGCCCCUCAGAGCCUGACGGCGACCACACUGUGUAGCCCUAGGUGUUUGCCCUGCAGAAUGUACCUUCCACCUGUUCCACAGGAGCUUCUGCAGCUUCUGUUCCACUAGCAGCUCACCCUUUUAGGCCCAACUCAGAAACAAGAACCAGAAAAAAGUCAUCUUUCAAAGGCGAUCAAGCCAGACUACUGCUGAAAUAACUGCAAGUGAGCCCUUGAUCACUGCUCGUGGCUACCUUCCCAGAAAGCACUGCGUUGCUUCCCUCACCAUCGGCAACGGGCCCUGUGCCUUCCAGUCCAGCCAAGUCAGGCUAGGGGAGACCUCAGGCCCGUGGGGCAUUGGACUGGGUUGUGGACGAGAGGAUCGGAAGCCUUAGUUCUAACCACAUUAAGUUAUAAUUGCUUUCUAAUUUGAUGUGAUUUCUGACACUUGGCUCUUGUCAAAGUGCAAUUUCCUUUUCUUUGGGGGGUGGGGUGCAGAUGAUUAAACAAAAACUUCCCUGUUUAUUUGGUGCAAUGAAGUAUAUAGCAGAUAAAGUAGGGGAAGGGGAAAUUAUCACCUUUAACAAGAUUCAUUUUUAAAUGUUUUUAUAUAUAUUUGGAAUUGUUAAAUUGGUUUUGCUGAAACAGAAUUUCACCCUUGAGAUACUAUUUGAAUGUUGGUUUCAAUAAAGGUUCUUGAAAUUGUUAGCAGCGAGUUCAGUCACAAGUCUCACUCCUCAUCUGCACGGUGACUUCCGUUUGGAUAGCAACUCAGCAAAACAAAGGCUUCUGAAAACAUAGUUUGCAUAAUUACCACAAUUUUAAUGACCUCCACAACUUACAGAUUUACCAGUGGCUUUGUAUAAUUCUCAGAUUAAAUUUAGUCUCAAAAGAAAUUACCUAUUUUAGAGAGAACCAUAUUGUCAAACAGUAAGGUUUUUCUCCUUCUGAACCUUUCGUCUCAUUCAUCUGAAGUAUGUUUGGAUUUGAUGUUUCUAAAAUAUUUGGCGGCAAAAAGUAUCUGCGACGUAUAAAUUGAGUUAAAGUGGUUUUUAACUCAGGUAUAAUAUCUCUUCCUUAGCAGAAUGGGAAAUACUAAGUAUCUGAAAUAGCUGCUGACAGAACAGCAUGGUGGGCGCCUCCUCCACCUCUUAUAACUAAUCAAAGAAAAAGCUGGAAAUCAACUUUUUAGUCAUGUUAAAAAUAAACCUGAACAAUUGCCUUUGCCAAAAUAAGAUUUUAUUUUGAAA